GCGGCAGGACGCGGCGCGAAUGGGAGGGCGGACGCGCUGGCCCCCUUGGCCAGCGGCGCGACCCAGGGGUUAGCGCGCGCCGCACCUGCAAUCAAUUCAACGCGCAGAAGGACUCGCAGCAGCAAAAGGAGCUGCAGCGACGGCCGGGCGACUUGCGCCAGAAGCGGUGA